AUGGUGGUGAACCACAACCUUCACAUGGAACUUAAUGGGGAGCUUGCAGACAAAGAGAGGUAUCAACGACUCGUGGGCAAGUUAAUUUAUCUCUCCCACACUCGCCCGGAUAUAGCUUAUGCUGUUGGAGUGGUGAGUCAGUUUAUGCACCAACCGCAAGUGGCUCACAUGGAAGCUGCUCAAAGAAUUCUAAGGUAUCUAAAGGGAACUGCAUGCCAUGGAGUGUUGUUCAAAGCAAAUGGACAUUUAAAUGUUGAGCUUUACACUGACGCCGACUGGGCAGGAGAUAAGGGAAAUCGAAGGUCUACAUCAGGGUACUUUUCCUUGGUUGGUGGAAACCUUGUUACCUGGAGGAGUAAGAAAUAG